CCUUGUCAUUACAUCGCUUUAGUUUCAUUAAACGCACCUUAUUUGAUUUCUCAUACGGAAUCUCUGGUAUAUAAAGGUUUAUGGUUCCUCUCAAAAGCAUUCGCUUCCAUGGUAGAAUAGCUCAAAAAACCUGAAAAUGUUCGCAAAGGUCUUUGUUCUUUUCGCUGCCGUCGCAGCUGCACAAGCUAGUGGUCUUAUCGGAGCCGGAUAUGGUUUGGGAGCUGGAUAUGGUUAUGGAGCCGGAUAUGGCUUGGGAGCUGGAUAUGGUUAUGGUGCCGGAUAUGGAUUGGGAGCUGGAUAUGGUUAUGGAGCUGGAUAUGGAUUAGUCGCUGCACCAGCCGUUGUUGGAAAGGCUGUUGUUCCCGCAGUCUCCUCCUCCAAAACUGCCAUCAACCACGUCGCCCCUGUCGGAAUUGCUGCUGCUCCCGUCGCCUUGGCUGCUGCCCCUGUUGCUGUAGCUGCUGCUCCAAUGGGUCUUGUUGGACGCGGAAUUGCUGUCGCUCCUCUCGCUUAUGGAAAUGGAAUGAUCGGUAAUGGUCUUCUCGGUGCCGGAAAUGUAGGCCACGGAAUUGCUGCCCUCCUUGCUUAUGGCAAUGGGCUUCUAGGUCUGGGAGCUGGAAAAAUGGCUCUUGGAGGUGGACUUGGCAAGGCAAUCUUAUAAAAAUCUUAUGCUACGAGUUUCUUUGUAAAUGUCCUAAAUUAAGUUAUUCAUCAUUUUACAAUAAAUUAUUCAUUCUAGUUA